AUGAAUGGAAUGCUGUUUAGUUUUUAUUUAAGUUCAACCAACGAUAUUAAACUAAGUUACGAUUAUGUGUCCAGUUUGACAAACAGGAAGUACUUUUCGCCCAAAAUCUUUACAGAUUGUUCAAUUCGAGGCCAGUUUAGCUCGACAUGGGUCAAAGACGAGAGUUGGAAAAACGUCAAAGUGCUCUGUUUUGUGGUGACAAACACAGAAGUAUUAGACACCCAGACCAAAUACAUCCUCCAGUCGUGGGGACCCAAAUGCGACAUCACUCUCUACAUCGCAGACAAAAACAACUUCACCUUCCCCACGGUUAAAGUCACAGAAAUGGAAGGACCUCAAUGGACGUGGACCAAAGUGAGAAAUGCUCUAAAAUUGAUCCAUGACAAGUAUUGGAGCCAAGUGGACUGGAUUCUCAAAGUAGAAGAUGACUCAUAUGUUCACGUGCCGAACUUGAGGAAAUUCUUAGCUGGACGAGACAAGACGAAGACAGACGAAUAUUUUGGACAGCGUUUCGCCCCUUAUGUAGAAGGAGGAUACCCAAGCGCAGCAGGGUACGUCAUGAACAAACAGGUUUUGAAAAAACUUGUCACCGAAGGAUUCAAAAGCAACAAAGGGUGUCCCGCAAUCACCGAGCCAAUGUCCGACUAUAUCGGCAUUGCUAAAUGCAUGAGAACGAUCGGAGUCCAACUAAAAACAGCCACGUCAUCAAUGUUGUCCGCAGAUCAAACUCCCAAUCAUGAUGAACACGAUUUGUUUCACGCGUUUUCGCCUGAAUUGGAGUACAAUUUGGCUCGGAAAAGAGAAAAAUGGUUCGAUAGACACUACGAGCAAUCCGUUCUAGAAGAGACGAAAUACUCAUGGAAGAAAAACGACAAAAGUUUUCAGGGUUCGGCCAGUGGAAACUUUGGCUUUGAUGCCGCCAAUCGGUGCUGUUCUAAACGCGACGUAAUAACUUUUCACAGGUUGUCAGGCCCUGUUAUUUUAUGGGUGGACUUCAUGUAUAAUAAUUUUACAGUUCAUAGUUAUAAUUAA